AUGCAUGCCAACUCGGCAGCUCGGCAUGUCGAUUUCGGCGCGUACGCCGCGCAGUACCUACUCCACAGCCUCGAGGUGGGUCGCGAGCAGGUCGUCAUGCCAGCAUGCCAGGGGUUAGAUGAGCUUCAGAGCGAGGCCGGCAUCGGCGCACCCGUUAGCGCGCCUGGGUCUUUCGGCAUGGGCGAGUACGACGCGACACACCAACUGCCGAUCGUGCCGGGGUCCGCGUUCGGACCCUCAUCUGCGGCGAAACGAAGCCAGCCCGUGCGUAGCGGCAAAGAGCCAGACGAAGACCGAGCACCCAGCCCCGCGGCUGUCCCGACGCUCCGUGCGCGCGGCGGUGCGGGCGUGCCAUCCAGCUAG